AUGGCAGAGAAAAAGUCUCGAUGGGGGAGGAAAGAGAAAAAGGCCGAAGCCGUCCCUGUUUUGGAGGUGAGGCAUCGCGAGUUUGAGAUCCCCAACGCUAUCGCCAUCUUGUUGGAAAACUAUUUCACCGUCGAAGAAUGUGACAGAUAUUUAAAGAUUCUGACCACAGAGAUCGGCUGGAAGAACCAGCUGGUCACGGUGAAGAGUCGUGACAGCGGCGCCGAGGUGGCGACCGUGGAUGAGCCACGACGGACCCUCUUCAUGUCAGAUCCAGGCAUUUGCUACGAGUACUCUGGGCGAGAGAACAUGGGACAGACGUGGCACCCCGCAGUGCUCGAGAUCAAGCGCAAGGCAGAGGAGGGCCUAGUCAAAUGCGGAUUGCCAGAGGUCAUUUUUAACUCAGCGCAGAUGAACCGCUACGACUUUCCACGGCACACGCUGGGAAUGCAUGCAGAUAACGAACCUGAUUUGGACCGAGAUGCGCCCAUCGUGUCGGUCAGCUUUGGAGCCACCAGGGACUUUGUCAUCCAGGACAGGGCCAAUGAGUCACUGAAGUGGGUCGUCACGCUUGCCGACGGCGCGUGGUUUGUUAUGGGUGGGGCUAUGCAGCAGCAGUACCUUCAUGGGGUGCCUCAUGGUGGUAUGGCUGGAACCCGCAUCAACCUUACCUUUCGAGUGUGCCGACCUAGAGCUGAUCUCCCUCGCAGGCCGGUGAAAAUGGAGGCGGCAGCGGAGGGGAGGUGCAGCGAUUGA